AUGACUAGUUUGUCGUUAGCUCUCUCCGACUUUUAUUCUUUCAAUUCAAAUUUUUCGACACGUCUCGUGCUUCAUACACGGGAUUCUAAAGGACGAGUCACCGAUGCUGCAGCUAGUGCUCUAAAUUUGUUAAAGGAAGUACAAGUCGAUGCGAUUAUCGGUCCACAAAGAUCCUCACAAGCAGAGUUUGUGAUUGGUCUCGGAGACACUGCAAAAGUGCCGAUCAUUUCUUUCUCGGCAACAAGUCCUUCUCUCCGUCCACAAACUCCGUAUUUCGUUCAAACAGCGCUAAACGAUGCUGCUCAAGUUGAUGCUGUGGCCGCCAUAGUUAAGUACUUUCGAUGGAAUCAAAUCGUUCUCGUAUACGAAGAUUCAGAGUUCGGUAACGGCAUUACUCCUUACCUAUCAAAUGCAUUUCAACAAAUAAACGCUCGGAUUUCGUACAGAAGCAUUAUACCUACCUCUGCAAGUGAUGAUUUCAUCCUUCAAGAGAUGUACAAGAUGAAAACCAUGCAGACAAGGGUGUUUGUGCUGCACCUUUCGAGCCCUCUUGCUUCUAGAAUCUUCCUCAAAGCAAAGGAGGCUGAAAUGAUGAGUGAAGGCUACGUUUGGAUCGUAACCAGCGGGCUCAUGGAUUUGUUCUAUUCGUUGAACUCGAGUGUUGUAGAGUCCAUGCAAGGAGUUCUCGGUGUGAAGCCGCUCGUUCCGAGAUCGAGUAAACUAAUCUCCACCACAGUAAGAUGGAAGAAGAAGUUUGCAGACGAUAAUCCGGAAACUACUCCACAAACAGAGAUGAAUCUUUACGGUCUUUGGGCGUACGAUACAUUGUGGGCGUUGGCUAUGGCUGCCGAGAAAACCGUAUUCAAGGAGCCGACUUCUUUGCCAAACACAACUUCUCUCAACUCUACAGACAUGUUCGUUACAGGAACAUCACAAACAGGUCCGAAACUUCUUGCAGCAAUGCUGGAAACUAAAUUCGAAGGUCUCGCUGGGAAUUUCAAUUUGGUCAACGGUCAACUAGACCAGUCGUCUUUCCAAAUAUUGAACGUAAACGGAACGGGGCUGCGAGAAGUUGGAACAUGGACUCCGUUAUUGCAAAGUUUAAGUCAAAGGAAUGCCAGCAUGACCGGUUUUUCAGGUGAACAUUUGGACAGUAUCAUAUGGCCCGGAGAAUCGAGGAACGUACCGAAAGGAUGGGAAGUUCCGGUAAGUGGUAAAAAGCUUAGAGUUGGAGUUCCACUAGAAUCUGGCUUUCCGGAAUUUGUAAAAGUCGAAAAGGACCCUCAAACAAACAGUACCAAAAUAAGUGGAUUGUACAUUGAUUUAUUCGACUCGAUCAUAGCAGCACUACCUUACGCAGUACGGUACGAGUACGUUCCGUUUGAAAAAUCCGACGGCUCGAGCGCUGGAAGCUACGACGAUCUGUCAAUUACGACGUUGCUGUUGGAGACAUAA